CUUUUUCUAUGGCUGUCUUUGUUCCAGUGAUUUCAAGUGCUAUAACUGUUCAAAACACAGAGGAUAAAAGUGCAUUCCGACCGAAAGCACCAUUAGUUUCCCUUACAGAGUGCAAUAGUGCAUUGAUGCGCGACAAACUGCCUCGCAACGGGCUACCCACGUCAGGCAUGACGCAAUGUUGCACGUUCGACCAGAUAGGCCGUGCCCCGCGAUGUUGCGCGUUCAAAUUUUGCGCCGCAGGGAAGAUGGCUGAUUUUAUCUUUCUACGACAGAUGUCAGCGAUGAUGAGGAAGCAGCCGAUUAAAUAUGUUUUCUAAUUCACGUAACUUCAGUUGCCAGAGCCGGCCCGGAACCUUCCUCAACAUCCAGUCAACAAGUCCAAAGGGGAAAGAAAAAUACGUGAAUAAAGUCACACAUUGUAAUAUUACAAGUAAAAAGUCAUAAUAUUACAAGAUUACUUUUGUAAUAUUAUAAGAUUAAAGUCAGAAUAUUACGAGAAUUAGGUCAUAAUAUUACAAGAUAACAUUUGUAAUAUUACAAGAAUAAAGUCAGAACAUUACGAAAUUAAGUCAUAUAUUGUAAAAGUAAAGAUAAAAGUCGUUUUGUUGCUUAUUUUAACAUUAGGUGAAACAGAAGUUGUUUUCAUGGGCUGAGAUUUCUACCAGCGUAAAGUUUUUAUCAACAAAAAACUACUUUCGGUUUAAAAUUAGGGGACUGAAGGAAUAUUAGGAGGAAAAAAAGUAAGAAAAUUAUGAGAUGUCGAUAUAUUAUUUAUAUUUACAUUACGGGUAGCGGGAGUUGUUCGGGACUUCUAUUUUCUGUGUGAACAAAAAGCACGAUGUGUGACACGAUACCGCACGACAACACGCGUCCGGUCUGAAUGCAGUUUAAGGCUACAUAAAACCAUAAAAUAUAAAAACUGUGUCCUGCCUUCCACCUUGCAUAUUUCUCUCAUCUGCAUUAAGAAAAAAAAUAUUAAAAAAGAUGGGUUAUUCGUAUUCAAGCCUUCCAAUUUUUUUGUAUCUAUGUAUAUAGCAAGUAUCCUCUUAAACGUUGCUCCUGGUGCUGCGUCACCAGUAGGUAGAUGGCGAGAUAGUGUAAAGCGCUUUGAGCGCCUUGAAAGGUGGAAAAGCGCUAUAUAAGUAUAACACCAACACCAACGCUCACUUUCACUUGUUUACAUCUUGUCGUGAUGUCCUGGUGGGUUUAAUUGUUUGAAAAUAAUUAACUGUUCUUGGUGAGUGUGUAUAAUCAUAAAAAGUGCUGCAUUCGUUGGUUUGAUCAUAGACUUCGCUAUCAGUUGAUGGGACACGGGGCGAUCCGUAGGGGGCCUAUUUUAAAAAACUUAAAAUUCAAAUAUUUUCAAAACCAAAGCCGCUAGCGACCUAAAACCAAAACAGGCACCUCCCUUUGGCAUUUACGAGUCUCCAUAAGUGGCGACAUCAAAAAAUAUAGUCAUUCCCUAAUAAAAUCCAGAUUAUUUUUUUAUACAAGUAUAACAAAAUUUAAAAUGGCUAUGAAAUUCUCAAAUCUUACGCUAGAUGGACACAAAAAAAAAUCACCAAAUGCAGAGAUAAUCACCUAUAUUUCCAGGAUCAAUGGCAAUAUUUAACAUGUUUUUUCCCAAAUAUAGCAACUUAAUUUUUUAUUUAAUUUUCAAUUUAGUGCAGUUUUCAACAACUAAUAAAUCACUCAAUUUUCACAUCAGAAUCUUUAUACUUGAGGAAAGCAUGCAGAAUCAUCUUAAUUUUUACUCAACAAAAGCAAAAUUUGUAUUUUUCUAUAUUCAGUCAAAACUUAUUUAGGUUGAAUUCCGCUAUUGUGUAGCGAUACAAAAAUCCAACAUGGCGGCCGUCACAAAACAAAGAGCUUUUUAAGUUGAAAAUUCUUGUAAAUAAAUGCUUUAAUCACUAAAUUUCUAUAGAUAUGAACGUAAAACAGUCUAGAUUAGUGGUUAAAAGCAAAAAACGGGCAGUUAUGUUCAUUUCACGUAAAUACUUCAAGCAAAGUUACGGUAUUGUGUAAUCCAACAUGGCAGCUGUCACAAAACAAAGAGCUUUUUAAGUUGAAAAUUCUUGUAAAUAAAUGCUUGAUUUGUGGAAUUUCUAUAGAUAAGAAUGUAAAACAGUUUGGAUUCUUGGUUAAAAGCAAAAAAAAAAAAAAAAAACGGGCAGUUAACAUUCAUUUUACGUAAAUACAGUAUUUCAAGCCAAAGUUACACUAUUUUAUUCUUUUUUUUUUUUUCACAGCGUUUCAAAGUGCAUGCAUGUUGCUAUUUCAUAUAUGAUGUAAUUACCUCGAAUCCUCGACCAAAUAACUCUUGAGACACUCCUGCCUGCUUGUAAGCAGUAAAACUUUCAUCCUGUUUCCACCUAAAUCUGGGGUUUGAACGCAGUGUUUGAGUUUAUCACAGUGAAAGCCAACUCAACUUGUGACUGGGUGGCUGGCACCCUACGGGAAGGUGUGGCGCAAUGUCAGUGGGAACGGUCUUGUCAACUGAUGGUGAAGUCUAUCGGGUUGAUUACUAGACUAAUCCUUUAUGUCUCAAGUCAUUGUAAAUUUGAAGCUGUUGAAGCAUUUAAAAGAAAUAUUGCCUUCUAUAAUCUAUGCGCUUUAAAAAAAAAAAAAAAAAAAAAAAAAAAAAAAGUAUAUCAGCUUAAAAAAUUGAAUAUCUGUAAUCGACUAAAAAUGUUUUAAGACAUAGGUAUCAGCAUUUGAAAAUCCCAUAUUGGUGUACCUCUAAUAUUGAUGAUACUGUUUGCAGUGUUGUUAGUAACGUGUUACUAAGUAACGACUAACCUUAAUCUGAUUACUUUCUUUCAUUCAAGAACUAAUUUUUCCAAACCAGUAAUCUGAUUAAAAUUCGUUUCCUUAGUGCCUGUGUGUUACUAUUUUGUUAUUGCCUCAUAAUUUAUGUAGAAUGAAGAAUACUGUAGUCAUGUGCGAAGAGCAUUUCGAAUAGAAAUGUUGCUCUUGAGUUUGGGAGUGACAUCACGUCACGUUUUCUAGGACAAAAAAAAAAAAGGUUCAUCAUGUAAGCCUGUUGCUAUAUUCAAUAAUUCCAUUUAUCGCACAGAAAAUAAAAAUGAAGGCGGUAAUUUUUCCUCUGCGAUAUAUCGCCUCGCGUGCACUUGCGUGCGGCAGACGUGCUGUUAAAAGUUCGGCUUCAAGGAAGCUGUGUGGUGUCCUAUUAUGUGUGUUUUUACAUUAUAAAAAGCUAUAUACUAUAUAAAUACAAGAUCACAACAAAACCUGUAUUUUUCAAAGCAGUUAAAAAAAACAUUCAGUGGCCUUAGGUAAAUAAAGGUGUAUAAAUAUGUACAUUACAGUUCUUGCAUUUCUAUAUUAGGUAUUGCAACUUUUCCAACACUAUUUGAAUUGACAGUCUAAAGUCUACAUUAGUGCAAACAAGAAUAUAUUAUAAAUAAUAAUAGAAUAUAUAAAUACAACAUUACAAUGAAACGUGUCUUUGUCAAAGUGGUUCAAAAAACCCAAAACAAAACAAAAAAAAACACUUCACUGGCCUUAGUUAAAUAGCCAGGCAGAAUACAUAUGUGCAUUAAAGUCCACAGUCUAUUGACAAGAAAGGCAGACCCAGAUGGCGUCUGCUGCAGGGGCUUGUUUGAGUCCGACACAAGACAAAUGGAACCACUCAACUGAACAAAUUUCUUUGUCAAAUAAUCCAAGAAGAGAUGGUGACCAAUCGGGAUGUGUUGUCAGCAGGUUUACUUAGGAACACAACAGAUAGGUGAGUAGUAGUAGCAGUAGGCGCGCAUUGCAGAUGUACACAACUGGGAAAAAAAAAAAAAAAAAAACGUACUGAAACCUCUCAUUCCAGCAGAAAUAUGAUCAAAAGAAAUGCUUUUCCGACAAACCGCUGCGACCCAAGCCAUCCGUCGUGCCUUCGUGAUCUGAUAUUUGGUCCUCCAUGCAGGAAAACGGUGAAAAGUGUGUCCAGUUUUCCUUGCCCUUUUGUCGUGGGAGACGCUGUUGCACCCGCUAACACAACAAUACACACCCAUAUUUUCUUUCGAAUACACCAAAGGAAUUAGUUUAGCACUACCACACGUUACAAUCCCCGUUGAGUCUGCCGGACCGGAAGUAAAGGAUAUUAUCAGCAUGGAGGCGUAUCCAAACAAUGACGUAGUACGUCCCAUUCCCUAUAUGCGCUGUCUAUAAAGUAUGAAUGAGGUGUGUGCAGCUCAACUGUAGUGCUCCCUUUGUCCCCCUACAGCUGUCUGUGUGCCUUGUGUGUGUGUGUAACCAUCUAUCCUUGGUCAUAAUGAGGCCCUACACUCAGAUAGUCUGUUUCACUGGUUGUGACCCAAUGGCAUCCCUGCGUGGAGUCCCAUUUGCCUGCGUAUUACACUGUAGGAUACAGAGAAGCAGCAUGACAGCCAGCAUCCCUGAGUGUGUCCAUGUGUCAUACUGCCACCCCUGCAGCAUUCUGGCCCACUAUAGCUGAUAGAUGGGUGAUGAUCCAUCACCACCCCACGUCCUCCUUAUUUGUCCUUACUCUAUCCUCACAUCUUUCUGACAUAUAUUUUUUACUUUUGUUAUGUUGCUCCCUUUUAUGUCGAAAUGUAAACACUUUUAAGCUCGACACAGAGCUACACAGACACUUGGCAGGUUCACUUCCAUUCAUUAUUUAUUUUGGACUUGUUAUUGUCAGCAUAAGGAACACGUACAACUGACACCACCUAGUGGUAUAAUGCUGAAUAACAGGUACAUACAUAACCGCUCCUUCCUACGAAGAUAUCUCAUUAUUAUUUUUUCUUUUUGUUUCGAAACAUGUAGUUAUAAGCCUUCUUUUCCGAACAGUUGUACUAUUUAAAAUUUCAAAUCAAUCUUACAACCAACUUCUCUUGUUUAACGCGUGCAUACUAUCAUAAUAACAUGAAGUUGGUUUAGUAAUCCUCACAGGAUAGCUUUCUGUCUCUGCUACUUUGGUAGGUUCCUUGCGUGGUGUUUCCAUGCCUUGUGAUAUUUUAGGUGGAUCGAUGAUCUUGGAACCUUGCUCAGAAUCAUCUUGAUGGUGAGAUGAGUUGGUCGUUAGCGAACGUGUAAAAAAGAAGUCGCGAGCAAAAGUGCGGAUAUUAAGCGGAAGUGACGGUACACGAAGCCUUCUAACAUGGCGGCGGAGGCGCGUCAAUAAAGAGCGUGACGUCACGAGUAGCCCUUUGAUGCUUUGAUCUUUUCGUUCCUAUAUAAGUUGUUUUUUCGUUAUGAAUUUUUACACCAAAUGCCAAAGAAGCAGACAAGUAUUGCCGUCGUUGGUGUGCAUAGUCCUUCCUAAAGAUAAGCAGGUGUAUACAUGGUGAUGAUGUGGCACCUCCUUUGGCCUUCUGUCCUCCUGGGAGUGUUUUACAACAUUUGCCCAACAUGCCCUCUGGAAAUCCAGAAGCAAAGGAACCACUACUACGUCGCCCGGGGGUCAAGUGUCCAGCUACCCUGUGCGUACUCUUACACCAUGGACUCUCAACAGUACACGGAGGUCUUGUGGAGUAUCGUGUCUGCAGACCGAGAGGAGCAAACCAUCAUUUGGUUUACGGGCGGCCGCUUGUAUUCCGAUUUGUACAAACCAAUGGAGGGGAGGGUCCACUUCACAUCAGCGGAUCCCCAAAAUGGAGACGCAUCCAUCAUCAUCAAAGAUGUACGUCUGUCAGACAUGGAGAUGUACCGCUGUCGGGUAAAGAAGUUACCAGAAAUGGACCAGAAGAUCUUAGACCUGACAGUCAUGGAGGCACCCAGUCAGCCUCUGUGCACUGUGGACGAAGACGACAACAGUAUGACGCUCAAAUGCAGCUCUCUGCAAGGCACCCCACCUUUGCAUUACAUCUGGUCCAAGACCAGUGGAAAUAAGGUCUUGCCUACACAGGCCAUUGUCGACCCCACAGGAGCCACCUUGCAGUUCAACAUCACCAAGCGGGAGUGUGGAAGCUAUCGCUGCACGGUGGAAAGUAUGGUGGGCAGCAAACACUGUGACCUUCACCUGGACUGUUCCCUGCCCCAGGCCAACAAUGUGAGCGGUCCACGAUUGCUGACAACCACUGCAGUCGCUGCCAUCGUUGUCACUAUCACCAUACUCUUCAUUGUCACAGUUGUCCUUGCCAUUUUCUGCUACCGCAAACGAAAAGAUCAAUCCCAGGAAAUUGAAAUGGAAAAAUAAUUAGUUUUUGUUAACUCAUGUUCGAUAAGUGAUAUCACAAUUGUUAACAUUGUUUGUUAAGUCUGUUACCACAAAGGCAUUUUGAUUUUAAUCUCACUUUACUCGUGUGUUGAAUCUAAUAAACAAGUUAUGUUAUUUCUAGUAUGUCGGUUGUCUUUUUUAUACACAUGUAAAUGAAAGGUUACACUUGGGAGAAAAAAAGCACAUUUUGUUAAAGUAAAACAUCAAUUUCAUUUUAACACCUAACAGAAAACUAAUCUGGAUCUUGACUGAUCUUGAGUAACUGUAAAAUAAAUAUAUUUAAAAAAAUAAACUCGCUAGUAGCAGAAUUAAUGGAGCGGUUCACCUUCAAAUAAAGAAUAUUUACAAAGCGACAACGUUAACAAACGCUGUAGUAAACCAUAAAGACAGGUGAUACUAAAAAGUAUCAUUUGUUUAUUGUUAUUAUUAUAAGCACACCUGCAUAAGGUUGCGUCUUUUUUAAUAUUAAAGAAAAAAAGGUAAUAUCGAUCAACUUAAAUAAUCACAUCAUUAAAUAAUAAUCAUACAGUAAUUAUUAAAAUAAAGUACAACUUUAUAACGUUGUUGUUUGUAACAGUAAAGACUUAAGUGCAUUUUCCUGAAUAAAAAAAGUCCCAUCCAAACUUAAGUGCAUUUUCCUGAAUAAAAAAGAAGUCACAUCCAAACUGCAAAAAUACACUCAAGGUACAUUUUUUUAACCAUAUGAUACUGCAAAAUAAAAUUGAAUAAAAUCAAUUUUAAAAAUUCAAAUUAAUUACCAACAUUAACUCAUCAGGACAAUAUGCCAAACAAUUUGACCGAAAAAACGAGUUAAUGGAACAAAAAUGACAGUGUCAUUGGACAGAGGGACAGUUUUUAUUCUUGCCCCAGGCGGUAUAAGCUUCUUUUCUAUGCAUAACAACGUGCGUUAGUUAAUAAGCCUGUCGCUAUAUGCAGUAAGUCAAAUUAUCACACGGUGAAUAAAAAUGAGGGCGGUAAUUUUCUCGGCUGCAAUUUUAUCACCGCGUGCGUGCAUACUUAUGUGCGUGCGUGUGCUGCGUGCACUCACACAUGUACGUGUUGAUUACAUACUUUAUAAGAUUCCAAUAGCUUUCGAAGAUUUUUAUUGGCCAUCAACACGCCUUGGAAUUAAACUCCAGACAUACAAAAUAAGGAAAUACCUCUAUAUUAAACAUUGUAAAACCUUAGCAUUGCUACAUUGAGGCUAAAAGACAAUGUUUUAACCACUUUAGUCUGCUAUAAAACAUUGAGUCUUCUCCACAACGCAAAAUUGCAGUUAAAAGGUGACACAUCAAACAUGAAAACUCGCUGGAUUAAAGAAUUUGCAAGCGAUGCGAACAAAAGAAGAAAGAAAAAAUCUAUUACUGAUAAAACAUGCAUGACGAAAGAGAAGUGCAUUUUGUUUUUGUUUCUUUUUACUGAGUGUAAAGCUUAAAGUUAGUGGCUUAGCCAACGUACUUCCGGUGAACAUUUCAAAAUAAAUGCAUAUCAUUUUCAGAUUUCUGGAGGCAAUCGCAUAUACUUCAGAUUCUACACUAAGAAUAAAUUUAAAAUGACACCCAUUAUGAAAAAUGUGAUUGGCAAUGAUAAUUUGAUACAAUAAAUGAUAAUAAUUUGGCAUUAAAUUUUGCAUGCGCACUUUGCAGGACAAGAUGACAGUCAUUUUGGAUCAAAUUAACACUUUUAAUGAGCUCAAAUUGGCAGACAACAAAAAUGACAGAGGGUUGCACCUAACUAGCUUUAAAAUGAUUUAUAAUGCAUUUUUUAAAUAACUUAAUAUACAGGGUGACCCAAAAAAAAGUUUACACUGCCAUAAUACAACUUAAAUGCCAUGUUUAUUCAUCUUAGAAUUCGAAUUUAAUCACAAAUUAUACAUUAUUGUAAAGAACAUGUACAGUACACUCUAUUUUUCAAUGUGUCCUCCCUUAAGUGUCACAACAGCCUCCAGGCGCCUGCGGAACGCUUGACAGGUCUUCUUUAUGUAGGAUGCUGUCAUCUUUUCCCAAGAUCUAACAAUGGACCUCUCCAAGGCUGCCACAGAAGUUUGUGGCUUCUUACAGGCACUGUCCUCCACAGUUGCCCAUAUGCUAUAAUCCAGGGGAUUGAGAUCUGGACUCUGGGGUGGCCACAUAUCCCCUUGUCAAUCAACUUUUUGGUCCGCACCGAUCGGCACUUCCAGACCCAGGUUUUCGUGAGGCUGUUCCAGUAUCUUUCAGCUUCUUUUUAACUUUGUAGACUGCACAUCUGGAUAUUCUCAGAUUUGCUGCAAUCUCAGUAGGUGUCAGACCGGCACGCAGCAAUUCAGGUACAGCUGAAGUUUUCUUCAUUUUCAGCAGAAGCACAGGAAUUGUAGAGACGACAGAUUACCAGCUGCAUUGAGUGACCUAUUUAGAUAUGUUUCAAUGGCUUUUAAACAAGCAGUCAACUGAGUGUAAACUUUUUUUUGGGUCACCCUGUAGUUUGUGGUUUAUUUAAGAAAAACAAUUUAUUGCAUUUUAAUAGGUGAUUUAUUAGGAUGUAUUGUCACUAUAUUCGUGGUUGAAUAGGUUAAAAAAAUCAGGCAAUAAUAUCGCAUAUCGCAAUUUAUGAGACAAUAUAUUGCCUACUAAAAUUUGUAAUCUCGACAGGCCUAGGGUCAUGUGUAUUACUAUUCUGUGUGAGGUUGUGAUCGGUGAGAAUUUGCGGCCAGCAUAGCAUCGCGUCCAUACUUCGUCAGGACGCAAACAUUGAAAGAGGCUGGAGAGAUGCCACAAAUGGCUGCAUUUGCUCACUGAAAAUACAGCCAUUACUUCAGAUUUUUGUCCAGUAAAGAUGAAAAAAAUAUCUCCGUGUGUUGCAAACUGUGCUGGCUCAGAGACUGUUGUCCUCUAAAAAUUCCACAUCCAAUUCAAGGAGCCACUUGGAAUUACAGACAGCGCUAUCUACCGUUUGUAACCAACCUUUAAGUUUGUAACCAUAGGCAGAGUUUGACUUUGGUGGGAGGGGGGAAGGAAAAAAUGUUGAUGGACACACCUCAUCAUUUGUGCCUUUUCUAUAUUUAACUACUGUUUAUGUAGUAAAUUCUCUCUAAAGAUAUGAAAACUAUGAAUGAACAUGUGGAAUUAUGUACCUGGCAAAAAAGUGAAAUAACUGAAAAUGGGUUUUAUAUUUUACUUUCUUUAAAGUAUCCACCCUUUGGUCGUUUUACUUUUUUGCACACUAUUGUUAGUCUUUCAAUGAGCUUUAAGAUGCAGACACCUGAAAAGGUUUUUAUUCCACAAGUAAGCCUUAUCAGGGUUAAUAAAUGGAAUUUGUUGCCUUUUCAAUGGGGUUGUGACCAUAAUUUGCAUUGCAUUGAAUGAGGUGUGUCCAAAGUUUUGGCCUGCACUGUAUCUUGACACUGUUCGUGUUCAAGCUCAUUUGUGGAAGCUUUUGAAAGCUUAGGUUUAAAGAAAUUCUAAAUCUGCAUCUUGCCUCCUCAGAUGUCGUUUUGGCUAAGCAAAGCAAAGGACCGUCUCUCAGGUGCUAGUCACAUGAUCUGUUCGAAAAAUAAUUUGGAAUCACUUUUAUGAAAUACUUUGAAGGAUUCUUGUUCAUUUCGUUCAUUUUUGUUAUUUGUUUUAUUGCUUUACAACUUUUAUAGACAACAUUUUAAUGGCUAGGGAUUUAUUUUAAAGGGGAAGUUCAAAUGUUUGAUAUUAGGCUUAAUCUUCCAGUUAGCAGGGGUUUAAUUAGUCGUUGGAGUUGAUUUAAACAAAUUCCGUGCAGUGCGAAUGCGUUUUUUUAUUCCUACCUUUAGUUUUCCGAAUUAAAGGCAAAGCGAUUUUGUUCUGUUCAUCACUUGUAGGAGUUCAGCUUCCAAUUUGACUGCAGUCAAAAUGGAUUAGACUUCUAUCACCGUCACUGGCAGCCUAUGAGUUAAGACUAAUAAAUAUACACAAAUACAUUUAAAAAACCCAAUCUUUUACACCCGAAUCUUUGAAAAUGAUGUGAUCGGGCCCUAUUCACUAUCACGUGAUCGGAUCGGCGACAUCCCUAAUUUGUACGUUGUAAAUUAAAAAGUUAAUUUUUCAAUGAAAAAUGAGCGAGGUUGUAAAAAAUAUGCUGGUAUCAAACAAACAAAAACAGUCCAGUUGAGUAUUUUUGGGUGAAUUAUCUUGCUGACAUGAAUACAUUU